CAGCGGCAGUCGCGGGAGGAGCGAUCUCUGUUAUUAUAUAUAAUAAUUUUUUGCCUUCGAAUUCCAAGGUCUUGAUCUGCUGUUUCUGUUAAAAUGGUUCCCUUGUUUGUUUAUUUAUUUAUUUGUGCCUACUUAUUAUUUUUGACUUUAUGUUGGUGUUUAGCCUGUUGGAUUUCUUUUCUCCUUAAGUGAAAGUGUGUUGAUGUGCGUGCAGUGUUGCGUAUCGGAACUGUAGCUUCUGCAUGGAUGAGCUGGACGAAGCCAGGAGCCUGAGGCUGAAGGAGCUUCUGGCUGAUUAUUUUGAGAAGAGGCGAGACCUGGACCUGAGCAAGUAUGAGGAGGAGCAGGACGAUGAGGACGAGACCUUCAGCAAGUUUAAGCUGAAGGACUGGGAGGAUCAGAUCCGCGCUGAUGUGAGAGCUUUCCUGGCCAGUCGGAGUGAUGAAAAGUUCUCAGGCCGUGCCGUGGCGAGGAUUUUCCAUGGGAUUGGAAGCCCGUGUUAUCCGGCGCAGACGUACGGCCGAGACCGGCGUUACUGGCGAAAAUAUCUCCAGUUUGACUUCAAUGAGAUCAUCCGCUUAGCCACUCAGGAGAUUAUUAGAACAAGGUAACUGAACAGAGACUCCUCCGUUAUUCACUGCUGAUUCAGUUAUGUGUGAGAUUUCUCAGUUUAUCUGUAUUU